UGUUGUAUAUAAAGAUGGAUCCGUUUAAACUGCAGUAGAUAACGAAAUAUUAUCAGCUUUACAAUAGGUAACGAAAUAUCAACAGCUUUAGGCCCUCAACAUGAAGGUCCCGCAAGAGAUUUUAAACUUCCCAUAGUUAAUAACGAAGAAAUCCAAAGACAUAGUUUCUAUGCAGAAUUGAAUAUUUUGUCAAAGAAGAAUGGUAAAACCCAUUGGGCGAAGCUGUUUGAAUCAGCUGUUCUGCUAAAUGCUGUAAAAUACAAUAAUGAAAAUGAAGGUUUCAUGCGUGUCUUGUAUGAUAACAAUGCAUGUCUAGGAAUAGAUAUUUAUUUACCAACACGGUUUAAGAAGACAUCAGAUAAUUUUUUGCAGUGGAGAGAUAAACAACAUGAUGGAGCAUGGGGUUUAAAUUUUGUUUCAGCAAGAGACUUAAAAAAGUUUUACAGGAUGUUUAAGACCAAAAGUCAUACUUCAAAUGCAUUUGAAACUGAAAUACAUACCCCUAAUGAAAUUCAAAUUAUAGAGAAAAUUGAUCUACAGUCUUCUAUUAACAAUAAUGAGGUAGUUCAAAAUUUAAAAGAAAGUAUAAAGCAAAACUAUGACACUAAACCUUCAAUUCGUAAAUCAUUGAUUCCAAAAUGUUCGUCAAGUGAAAUACCUGAAGCAUAUGAUUUCACAGAAUAUGAAUUUUUACAAAGUAAUAACUUUUGCUCAGAAGAAAAUGGAGAUGUUUUGCAGCUUUCAAAAGAAAGUUUAGAUUUUAAUUCCUCUCAAAGAUCAUUGACAUCAAGUCUGAAUAAGUGCUCUGAUGAUGAAGAUUUUCAAUAUGCACGACCAGCUUCUGCUAUUAUUUCAAAUAAACAAAUUGUGACAACACGCAAAGCUGCCUGGUUGUUAGUUAAGAAUGUUCUCCUAUAUUCAAAAAAAGGUAAAUUAGAAGCUUCAAAGCAACAAGCAAGUCAAAAAAAAUGGCAUAAGUAUUGGGUGGCAUUAAAAGGAAUGGAAAUGGCUUUUUAUGAUGCAAAUGAAAAAACUGAAUCAUUGGAGGAUUUAGAUACACCCAGCUUUAGCUUAGAUAUCGAUUGGUGUAUUGCACAAGCCGCUCCUGAAUAUGUUGAUUUAGAAAAUGUGUUUAGUUUAAGCACAAGAUCUGGCUGUUUUUACUAUUUGCAGUCAACUAGUCCAGCUGAAGUAGAAAAUUGGAUACACUGUAUUCAUUCAUUAUGUGCAGGUGUGUUUGCACGAAGAAAAGGUUAUACAAAUAUAUCAUUUCAACUUGAAAAAGAAAUUGAAGAAUUAUAUGAAUGUAUUAAUACUGAUGAAAAUUUAAAAAAGAUGGCUUCUCUGCAGUUACAAACUGAAAAAGAAACUUAUGCAAAGCAGAAGAUAAUAGAUCAGAUAACUUCUUGGGAUAACAGUCUUGAUGCACGAUAUUGUAAUAUGUUCAAAUUAAAGUGCUAUUUGUCAGCAAUUAAUAGUAAGCCAUCUCCUAACCCUCAAGAGCUUUUAAGUCAUAUAUCUCGGUCUUCAAAGCAUGCUUUAUCCAAAAUAGGAAUUUUUUCUGUUAUUUCAUUUCAUUCUUUACUUCAAGUUAAAACUGUAAAUGAAGAAAAAUUAAAGUCUUCAACAAAAAGCUUGAAAGAUAGGUUGAUAUUCUCAUUGAAGACUGAUCAGAGAUCAAAAAUUGACCAAUCAAAAUUACAUUUCAAAAAGAUAAAAGACAACAAGAAAAAUCAAAUUUUCAAUGAAAGUGAUGGAGAAACUUUUUCUUGCAAGCAUUCUAACAUGAAUGGUAAAAAAAAUGCAAAAUUCAAUAAAAAAAGUCACCUUCAAGGUCGUAUUGGUGAUAAUAUUUAUGUUCAAAUACAAAGCAAAUGUUCAGUUAAAAUUCCCUUUGAAGAGAAUCUAAAGAUUUAUGAUCUUUUAGAAAGAGUUUGUAUGAAAGAAAGUUUAGAUUCCCAGAAUUUUUAUUUAAUAUUAAUAACAGAUGAAAACCUUCAUAAUGGUUUACUCGGAUAUACAAUACCUGAUGAACAUGAGCUACUUGAUUCUUUCAAGUAUUCUGCUAUAAAGUUAAAUGCAAAGUUUAUAUAUGAUGUUACUUUGUCAAGAUCUAUAAACAUUGAAGAUAAUGGACUUUUUGGCUUGAAACUUUUGCAAUCUGCAGAUAGCAUUAUUGUGCAAGAUGUUGAAGAAGGAAGUCUUGCACACCAAUCUUAUGUUUUAAAAAAUGAUGAGCUAAUUCAAAUUAAUGGAGGAGAUUUAACAAAUAGUUCAUUUUAUGAUAUUUUGCAUAUUAUUAAAACAUCAGCAACUAUAAGAAUGAGAUUUCGUUCAAGGAGAGUUGAUGAUUCGAAAAAAUUAACUCAAACUACCGAAAAUAUGAUAAACUUUUUAGUCUGUCCUCUGCCUCCCAAAUGUGUACAACUUGAUUUAACUGAUGACCUUUUGAAAAGUUUAAUUGUUCCACCACCAGAAGACUUUGAUGAAUCAAAAAGCAAAAUAUCUUCUUCAUUGAAAAUUUUGACAUCAAUUGAUGACAGUAUUAAUAAAUUUCUAGAGGUUACUGAGCAAGUUAAUAUUCUAGCACGUGAAAUGAAUGGUAAUUUAUUUGAAAAUGCACCAUUAUCGAUGAAGCCAAGCGAAAAACUCAGGAAAUCUAUUUUAGAACUUAUUAAUACAGAAAUUACUUAUACAAAGAAUUUAAAAAUUUUACAAGAAAGAUAUUUGAUACCAUUAAAAGAAGAAAAUUUGCUUACAUCUGAUGAGGCUGAUUUGUUGGUCAAAAAUAUUCGGGAUAUAUACAUGUUUCAAAAAACAUUUUUAGAAAAGCUUCAGGAAAUAAAAAAUAAUGAAAAAAAAAUGGAUGCUUUCGAAGAUGUUAAACAAUUUCAGAACAUAAUUUAUUUGAUUGGUAAAUUAUUUUUGGAAUUUUGUGAUAAAUUUCGUCUGUAUAGCACGUUUUGCUCGUGUCAUUCGAGGGCUGUUAAGUUAUUACAAGUCAAUACAAAUGAAGCUUUAAAAGCGUUUUUGAUUGCUCGCAAUCCUAAACAACAGCACACUGCAUCUCUUGAGUCUUACCUAAUAACACCAAUACAGCGCAUUCUUCGAUAUCCUCUACUUAUCAAAACAAUGAUGAAAUACAUGUUGAAAGAUAGUGAAGAAUAUCUUUGUAUGAACAAUGCAUUAAUUAGUAUUGAAAAGGUAGCAAAUUAUAUUAAUGAAAUGCAAAGAAUCAAUGAAACAUUCACUCCCUUAUUUCAAGACUUGGCAAAACGAUGUCCAUAUGUUGAGUCAGCUGAUCUUAUUGUUGACAAUCUCACACAUUUUGGUCGUGUUCAAUGGUUAAAUGAGAAAGCAUAUUCUUCCAAUCGAGGUAGCUUGGUGGAGCAGGAUGUGGUAGAAAAUAUGACUGUUUUUGUUUUUAAAAAGGCUGUCAUAUUUUUGAUGUGUGAAAUGAAAUCUCGAGCAUGUAAAAAGAUUUUAAGCACCUCAUCAAAUAUUGUGAAAAAUGAUUUAGAAGUCAGGUUUUCUACUAUUAUUUCGUUAAACUGUUUAAUACUUCGGGAUCAUGCAUGGUCUCAAAAUGAAUCAAGUCAGGUUUGGGAAAUUAUAGAUAAAAGCCAAGAUGACGAAGUUGUAUAUGCAUUUAUAAACAGUACAGCUGAGGAGAAAAAGGUGUUGAUAAACGCUAUUAAAGAAUCACUGAAACUUUAUAAAGAGACAACAACUUUAACGAAAAAUAUAAAUCCAUUUGAUACCGCUGUUUACUCACCUGCAAAGCAACAACUUGCAAUAGAAGUUUCAAAGAAAAUAAACAUUAAAAAAGUUGCAAGUUUUAAUCGGAAAAAUGUUUUUAUCGAAAGUAAAGAUUAGAAUCGUGCAGCGCAACAAAAAUUGUAUUAUAUUAUAUUAGCAUUGACAUAAUUUUGAUAUACAUACUCAUUUAUUGUAUCAAUGUGAAUAGGCUAUGGAUUGAUAAAGUGCAUUCCGUUUCAUUAUCAAUAACUGAUAUAUUGAAUCUUUCUAAAUAAUCAUUUCAUCUUUCACUGUAUUUUAGCGAUUUGCGUGUAGCGAUUGCGGAUUGCGAUUUAUGUAUUUUUUGGCCUAAAAACUUUUGAAAUGAAGCUGUUUUCUUACUCUUCAAAAAUAAUUAUUUGUAUUUAUAACUGAGAAGGAAAAGGGUUUGAUAUACGUUAUUUAAACACUAUUUAAAAAAUUAUAAAAGAUUGAAAUCAUAAAUUA